AUGCUGCGCUGGAACUCUGCAGGCGCUGAGGAGAGGCCGAAGGGAAUCCUGAUCCACUCAUACAGACCCCACGGCGUUAUGAAGGCGUGUGGUGUGGACUCGGCCACAUCGUUGCUUCUGUCCAUCGACAAUCAAUCCCUUCCCACAACGGAAAGGAUCGACGAGUCCCCACGGCCCUCAUCCCCACGGCCCUCGUCCCCACGGCCCCCAUCCCCUGUCCCCGCAGCACCACCGGCAGCACCACCAGCAGCACCACCGGCAGCGGCCUCCACUACAGCGGAGUCUGACCUCUCGAGCAACCCGCAGCGUGUAGUCACCGCAAAAAGUCUGGGGACCAUGCAGGCGUCGUCUAAGGAGCCGCCCCACUGCAGCAACCCCCGUCCUUCUGGGUCAUCGAAACGUAUCAGAAAUGGAAAAAGGGAUUUUGAUGCACUAAGGGAGCUGGAGGAGGAAGAGAGGAGGGAGGCCAGACAGCAACGCGACCUCUUUGUCCAGGAGCUGAAAGACCAUGAGGAGAGGGCAGCUGCUGCACAGGAGAUGGACCGCAUGUUCUACAGACGGGAGGAGGAGGCAUCGAGGAGACAAAUGGCUGAGUUUCAGCAAGGACUUCUGGCUAUUGUUGGGGCCCUCUGUAAAACUCGGUCCCAGCCUCAACCUCCUCCCCUGGACUAA